CAUAUAUGCUUUUUUAGGAGUUCACAGAGUAAAACAUACAGAGUUUUUAUAUAUAUUAUGGUAGUAAAAUGAAAGAUGUGCUGCAUGGUAUCAAUAUAAGUAUAUUUUCUUAUUACCAUUUCACAUCAAAAAUAUUAUUAUCAAGAAAAAAUAAUCGGUUACAUUUCUCUCUUUUUAUUCGAGUGUAUAAGUGCAUCUCUUUCCAACAGGCGAGUAUUCUCACUCGAGUGCUCAAUGUGUAGACGAACCGAACGUAAUUCAACAAAACAAAUGUCCGAUUCGUGCGCCCAUUUCGUAAGUUCCUCAAUCAAACGAUAAUCUCGAAUGACGCCCCGAAAUUAAUAAUUUUAUUAAAGUCAGCUACAAUUAGUACAGUUUAUUUUUAUCGCUUUUGAAUAAAACAGUAACGUAGUAUUUUGUGAAAUAAUUAUUUUAUAUUUGAUGUAAAUGUCGUCGAUACCUACGUAGACGAAAGGAAUCAAGUUUCAUAAAUAAUGGUGUUUGCAUAAUUGUUGCGAUAUUUAGAACGCCUUAUCAAUUUAGACUCUGUUUUGUUCGAGGCUCUAUUUGGCCCUCAAAAUGGCAGUGUUAAAUGUGGUUACCUUUCACCUUGCCGUAUGUGAAUAGAAUUCGGCUCCGAUCAUCGAUGUGUUACUCGUCACUCGGCAUACGAGGCACGAAUGCUGACUCUGAGGGUCUGCUUGUGCGAUGGUGAUAGCAAAGAGCAAGAAACUCAAACCACAAAUGAACAACACGAUUAAGAGUAUGGAUUAUAACUGGAGCAGCGGCCCAGAGCCGCCUAAUAACCAAGAUGCGGGAGUCCCGAGGGCGAUCUUCAUACCUCACUCGAACUCUUUGCCGUUUGAAGAGAGACGCGUCACGUUGGAGCAGCCUGUCAAGAUCGGGCGCAACGUUUACCGCGCCACGCCGAGCCCCACGAACACGAUAUUCGAAUGCCGGGUGCUAUCUCGGCACCAUGCAACGCUCUACUACGACAAGGGUCACUUCUAUCUUGUGGACAACCAGAGCAGCAACGGCACGUUUAUAAACAACAACCGUUGCUCCAUAUCGAAGGAGCAGGAGCCGCACGAGGUGUUCUCCGGUGACGUGGUGCAGUUCGGCAUUCCCGUGGUCGAGAAUGCUGGCAAUUCUGAAAAGAACACAUUUCCUCCCGUGGUGGCGUUACUGAAACUGUUCCAUCCAGAUGGCAAGGAGGCGAAACUCUCUUUCAACCCAACUAUGACGACGCCGCUGCAUCUCAAAGAGCUGUAUCAGCUCAACAACUUCGUUCAGGAGGCGAUCCAACGCGAGGCGUCGUUGGAAUCGCGGCUGCGCACGUUGCGCGAGUGCGUGGAGCGCACGCGCGCGGAGGCGCAGGCCUCGUGGGAGCUGUUCGUGGGCGAGCAGCGGCUGCUCAUGCGCGUGCACACGCUCGAGACCAUGCUCGCCGUCGGCAAGCAGCCCGACGCGCACCACGUCGCGCAGCUGCUCAACGACAAGAGGAACUAUCAGGAAGUGGCGCAGGAGAGCCUGCGGGCGGCGCACGAGCAGCGCCUGGCCCUGGAGGAGACGCUGGAGCGGCGCUCGCGCGAGGCGGCCGCGCUGCACCACCACAACUGCGCGCUGCGCCUCGCCGCCAACAACGCGCUGGCCGAGCUGCAGAAGCUGGCAGCGCGGUGCGAGCGCAAGAUGUGCGCGGCGCGGCACGCCAUCGCCGCCGCCGAGGAGCGCGAGCAGGCCGUGCGCAACCACCUGCCGCUAGCGUACUCGGUGGCGCACGGCGAGGCGCGCAUGCUGGUGGUGAGCUCGGACACGAGCAGCAACAAGUCGUGGGAGGCGCGGCGCGGCGCGCUGGAGGACGCGGUGCGCGCGCUGCCCGACUACGUCAAGCUGCUGCUGCCGCCGCACCUGCUGCACAAGGUUGGCAUAAAAGCUGUAUCUGCUGAGGGAAAGUCAGCUAAAGAAUUCGAAUUGAUACUAAAGAAAAAUAAUAUUUACAAUUCAGAAAGUAGAGAAAAACAACAAGCCGAAGAGGGUGGUGUCAGCGGCAGUGGGGAAGAGAAAUCCGCCGACGUCGAGUCUUGUACCGACGACGAGAAACAGUCGCGGCUUAAUCAUGACUCGGAUCACGAAGUCGACCGCUCUAGCCCACUGGACGGUGAGCUGCGUCCCGACAACAACGCCAACUCGACGUACAGCGAGUCCGACAACAGGGAAGAGUCGCCGAGCAAAGCUGGCGUAGAAUACGCGAACAUUUUGCGUGUGAUGGCCGGCCUGAACGAGGAGAUUAAGGCGCUGCGCGAGAGACUCAAUGCGAGCAACGCCGAGAACGAACAGCUGCGCGCCAUCCGCGACGAGCUCCUCGCCGCGCAGGGCGACGCACGCGACGAGCCCCCCGCCGUCGAGCCCGAGGACGCCGCCGCUUAUCGCUCGCGCAUCGCAGACCUCCAGGCUCAACUCACUCGCUCUACUGUAGCGGAGGAGGCAAAUCUCGCCGAAAUACAAAGGCUCGCGUCUAGCGCGGCUGAGAUGCAAGCCGAACUCGCAUUCCGGCCGACGCGAGCCGACAUAGACGACUUGACCGCCGUCGUCGGGAAUUUGCGCGCCGAGCUGCUCGCUAAAGAUCAGCAGUUUGAGCGCCUGCAAGCAGAGAUCGCCAAGGAAAAAAGUACUGCCGAAAAGGGCGUCGAGACUUCUAGUUCUAUUGAAGACUUGCAAAAAGCGGACUUCGAAGUUACCGAGCCAAGCAUCGACGCCGGCAAGAUCUCUGCCGAGAUCGACGAGAUGUUCCGCCUCGACUACGACGACGAAGAGGAGGAGACAGACUCGGUCGCCACCGAGAUAGACGGGGAGGCGGGCGGUGUCGCGGGCGGUGACGGCGGCACGGUCCCGGCGCCGUACGUGCGCCUGGACGACGAGGCGCGGCUGCAGGUGACGCUGCGCAACGGGUCGCUGCACGCGCUGGAGGAGGAGCUGGUGCGCGCGAAGGAGCGCUGGGCGGAGGCCAGCUCGGAGCGCGCGCGGCUGGCGGCGCAGCUCGCGGCGCUGCAGGCGCUGCACGCGCACAAGCACGCGCUGCGGCUCGACGCGCCGCGCGCGCUCGCGCUCGCCGUGCCGCUGCUCGCCGCCUGCCUGUACUACGUGCUGCUGCCCUACAUCUCCUGAUGGACGGCCACCUGGGACCCGCCCGGGUUCGCGUAGCGUCGCCGCCCGCCGCUCCGCCCGCCGCUCCGCCCGCCGCCACUGUCGCGCUCGGGGAUGUUUCGGGAUCGACGUUUUGCUCACUCUUCUUGUGCUCUUUCGGCCGACAUCGACUGAAUCCGACCGAGCGUCGACGCCUCCACUCGAAUGAUUUGCGCGCGCGCUUGUGAGUAGAAACCGUUCGACAAGAUUCGGUAUAUUUCUGCGUUAGACUAAUUGAAUUAGAGUAUUAUAUUAUAGAAAUGAUUUAUCGGGUGUCCGACCCGAGUAUUGGUGUUGGUGGCGAGCGCUAGGCGACGACCCGCCGGAGAAUGUCUACGAAUCGAAAGUGCCAUUUACAGUGACUAGAGGCGUCGUGGAGCUCGGUGUGCGUUGUUUGUUGCAUGUAUGUACAUAAUAUAGUAUUGUUUCUGUAAAAAUGUCAGUAUCGUAUCAAUAGAGUAUAAAUUUAUUGUUGAUAUCUGCCAUAAUAAAUAACUGUAAAUGUAAAGUCCUAAGGCCUAACGACUGUCUUGAGUUUAUAUUAUUGUUGCAAGAGGUCGAAUUCUUAGCCGAGCGAUUUUGGGUGAGUGCGCGGCCGGUUUCUCCUCGUUGAAUAUUUUAGAUAAUGGUAAAUGAUAGUGUGUUCAUUCGUUUAUAUCGCGAGUUAAACUAUGUCGCCUGUUUCGCAUCGCUUUCGAGAGCUAAACAUAUCACUCUUAGGUUAACGUGGAAACGUGUGGGCAUUUACCUGCCGAUGGACUCGGAUUUUAGGUUUCUUCGAAUCGUUUGCAUUUUUCUAGUCUUUAGAAACGACGUAGACUCAACUGCAUGACGUUUGCUAUUUUACGUUUAAAACUUUUUGAGCCUUAUACAAAUAUUAUUAUGUGUGUCAUGGACGCAUUUACGGGCAUCUGACAUUGGAUAAUAAAUAGUCUUUGACAAUAUAUUUACGGUAAAAGAUGUCUUCGUUGAUGGCUCUCACAGUAUAGAGUAGGCAUUGCGUGCAUGCGGGAUUUGAUAUUUGCCACUUACUACAAAGAGUAACAUAAUGUUUUGUUUGUGUGAGAAAGUAUAUUUUAGUUAGUUAGUGGGAGUGGGUGAAGUCCCUUGCGCAUGUUCGCUGUGACAUUGGUGCGUAGUGCGUACCUACUGCGCAUGCGCACUCCGCAGUCCGAACAUUAUAACGAUCGACCCUCGAGAUCGCUUAGCUCUGUGAUGUGAAGGCCAAUAGAUAAUUUUGUAAAAACUUAUAUAACUAACAUUAAUUAAUUAUAUCUUUAGAAGUUACUAUAAUAACUAUACCACGUUGGAGUCCACUAUCUAUAAAUUUAUUUAUUAUUUUAUUGUUGCACUGAUUUGUUACGUUCAAUGUUUUAUUUUGUGUUUUAAACCACCCUACUGUAAAUAGAUUGUAUCUUAUAUUCGUUCUUACGUUUAGUUUCUGGCUGUCGAAGACUUUAUGUUGUAUUUUAUGAGGUAUAAUAUACAUUCAAUGUGGAUGUACUGAUAAAUUUAUUGGAAAUAAUAUUGAUUUGUUUAAAAAA